UUUCUGUUACUAUAAGGGCUGUAAUAAAAAAUCAAUAAUUUGCAGCUUGUUUAUGAAUGGGCUGGGCCAACCGGUUGUGGAGGGGGAAGAACAUGAAUGAAUGAGAUUUGGAACUUGGAAUGCCAGGUGUUCUUAUAGGUCACACUUUUUGGAAGUAUUGUUAAGAGAAUUUGCAAAAUCUGCCCUGUCGUGCAGGACCACAGACGACCCAUUCUCGUGUAAAUGAAGAGCAAAAUAAGAAGUGUCUAAUUCAAAUCAGCCGAUAUCGUUUUUCACUUGUCAUUUCUGGUCUUACAAAAAUAUUACAGCGUGUCAAUGAAAUGUUUCUCUUCGUAGUGUCAGGAUCACGACCUCUCGGACCUGAUAUGGAAUACAACUGCUAUGAGUCAUUGCUCAUAGUUUUGGACACUUUAGAGAAAUGUCUCAGCAACCAACCCAAAGACACUGCACGAUUUGAAGAAGCGAUGAAUGUUAAACUCUUGUUGCGGGAGAUUUGUCAGUUCAUUGAUGUUCAAAAUGAUAAUCCAACAGUACUGCAAUUAAAAAACUUGGCAUGUAAAGUUUUGUUUGCAUUAAGCUUGAAUUUCUUCAAUGCAGUCUUUAAUAGAAUAUCAGCAAGGUUACAAGAGCUGAGCACAUGCAAUGAAGAAAAUCCAGACUACAGUGAUAUUGAAUUGAUUCAGUAUAUUAAUGUGGAUGUAAACAGACUGACUCGAUUACUAAAUGAAUCUAUUCAGAAAUUUAGAUUAUUGAAGAAAUCUGCACAUUUGGUGCUUAUGACUUCAUUGGAGAAGGCUGUCUGGAACUGGAUGGAUACAUAUCCUCAUGAAUUUGCAGAUCUACAGAAAAAGCAUAACGAGGAGUUAGCCAAGUGCUGUGAGGGUCUGUUUGACAUCUUGGACAGCUUCGCUGAUAACAAGAAGGGCAGAGCUGCAGUGUGGUCACUUCAGAUAAUGCUGCUUGUUCUCUCACCUAAAGUUCUGGAGGAGAUAGUGAAUGCAGAUUCUGGGGCACCUUGUUCGCCACGUCACUCUAAGAAGAAGCAGUUCAUUGACUCCGUAAAACGAGCCAUAGGUCAGCAUGGAAAUAGUAAACAACUGACGGAAGCAGCUGCUGUUACCUGUGUCAAACUGUGUAAAGCUUCUACCUACAUCAACAUCCUGGAUUCCAACAAUGUAGCUUUCACCUUGGUACAGAACAUUAUUAAUGAACUGAAGAAUCUGCUCUUUAGUCCAAGUAAACCAUUUUCCCGUGGACAAAAUUACGUUGUACAUGACAUUGAUUUAAUGAUUGACUGCUUUGUGUCAUGUUUCCGCAUCAAACCUCAUAACAACGAAGCACUCAAAGUGUGUCUCAACCCCAACUCUGCAUUUCUAUACCAUUAUGUCCUCAUCAGUUCUUUGUACAGAAUUAUAACACAACCUCGAUUACCAUGGUGGCCUCAGAUUGAUUUGGUUUACAACAAAUCCAGUGAUCUCAGGUCGAUGUUCACUGAUACAUUAAACAAGGUAUCCCAAGGCUGCAUUACUCAUACUGCACUGCGUAUGAUUCCGUCAUUUACAUUGAAAGGUAAAGAGUCUGCUUCAAAGCUCAAAGAGAAAGGUGAUGAAGUCCCAGUUAUUAAAAACCUGUUACUUUUGAUGGUUCGUCUCAUCCAUGCAGACCCAAUGUUAAUGCUUAAUAACCAAGGCAAGGCUGGCCAUGAGAUUCAGAGCUCCACACUGGAAUUGAUUAAUGGGUUGGUAAGUUUAGUUCAUCAACCCACAAUGCCUGAUGUUGCACAGGAAGCCAUGGAAGCUCUUUUAGUGCUUCACAACCCGGAGAAGAUUGAAGUUUGGAACCCUGAAGCACCCAUCAAUACUUUUUGGGAUGUUAAUUCACAAGUGUUAUUCUCCAUUUCCCAGAAACUUAUUCAACACCAAAUAAUGAAUUAUACAGACAUCCUGAAGUGGCUUCGUGAUAUUCUUAUGUGCAGAAAUGCUUUCCUCCUGCGUCACAAAGACUAUGCAAAUGUAGGGAGUCAGAUUCCUAUUUGCAAGCAAGCACAUAUAAAGCUAGAGGUUGUCUUCUUCAUGUACCUUUGGAGCAUAGACAUUGAGGCAGUAUUGGUAGCCAUGUCAUGUUUUAGUCUGCUAUGUGAGGAAGCAGACAUCCGUUGUGGCUCUGAUGAAGUAACUGUAACAUAUUUACUUCCAAACUAUCAUCUGUACCAAGAACUAGCCCAGGCUUCAACAAUUCUUACUACAGCCAGCGAGGAGUCAAGAAUUUGUUACCGUGAAUAUAAUCAUGGCCGUGCAGCUUUGCAGAAGCGAAUAAUGGCUUUGUUACGCAAGAUUGAGCACUGUGUAAAUGGAAUUCAGCCAGCUUGGGAAGAAACAUUUCGCAACUGGGAGGCAUCUACAAAAAUGCUGACAUCAUAUCCCAAAACUAAAAUAGAAGAUGGUCAAGUGGAAUCAUUCCAUCGUUCUGUAGGCAAACGGCGGGCUUCCCAUCAGAACUCAGAACAUGAACUUGAGGAUCAGAUCAAUGAAUGGGCCAAUAUGACUGGUUUUCUGUGUGCACUUGGAGGCGUAUGUUUGCAGCGUAAAUCUCCAUCAAGACCAUCUGCAGGUUUGGGCUUACUUCCUGUGCCAAGUCUGGAAUCUCGAAAAUUGGCCAACUCUAGUCAGGAUGUACAGUAUUGCCCUGUUACGCAGUUUGUGGGGCAUUUACUACGAUUACUUGUAUGCAACAAUGAAAAAUUUGGUGCUCAGAUCCAGAAACAUGUAAAGGAAUUAGUGGGCCAUGAGAUGUCCCCUGCUCUCUAUCCGAUUCUUUUUGACCAGAUAAAAGCCAUUGUUGAGAAAUUCUUUGAUCAACAAGGACAGGUGAUUGUGUCUGACAUCAACACACAGUUUAUUGAGCACAUUAUAUUCAUCAUGAAGAAUGUGCUGGACAGUAAAACAGACCAGCCAUCAGAACAUCUUGGUGUUACCAGUAUAGAAGGGAUGAUGUUGGCUAUUGUCAGGUAUGUCCGUUAUCUUGAUAUGACUGUACAUGCUAUCCAUAUCAAGACGAAGCUUUGUCAGUUAGUGGAAGCCAUGAUGAAACGGCGGGAUGAUCUUGCUUUCCGUCAAGAGAUGAAGUUCCGCAACAAGUUGGUGGAGUAUUUGACAGACUGGGUGAUGGGAACAUCACAUCAGAUAGCACCUCCAGGGUGCGGAGAUGUUACUGUCAUUACCAGAGAUUUGGACCAGGCAUGCAUGGAAGCAGUUGCUGCUUUGCUCAGAGGAUUACCAUUACAGCCCGAAGAGUCUGAUCGUGGUGACCUUAUGGAAGCAAAGAGCCAACUUUUUCUGAAGUAUUUUACAUUGUUCAUGAAUCUACUAAAUGACUGCAGUGAUGCACAGGAUGUAGAAAAGGAGGUGAGCCGACAGCGUGUGGCUGUAGGAAAAUUGAAUACUCUUCGCAAUGCAACAAUACAGGCCAUGUCAAAUUUGCUAUCAGCCAACAUUGACAGUGGUCUUAUGCAUUCUAUAGAUUUGGGCUACAACCGUGAUCUGCAGACUCGUGCAGCAUUCAUGGAGGUGUUGACAAAAAUUCUUCAACAAGGAACAGAGUUUGACACACUGGCUGAGACUGUUUUAGCAGAUAGGUUCGAACAGCUGGUGCAGUUGGCAACUAUGAUCAGUGACAAAGGUGAACUACCAAUUGCAAUGGCCCUUGCCAAUGUUGUCACUACAUCACAAAUGGAUGAGUUGGCCAGAGUAUUUGUAACGCUGUUUGAUGCCAAGCAUUUAUUGUCUCCACUUCUGUGGAACAUGUUCUACAGAGAAGUUGAAGUCUCUGAUUGUAUGCAGACUCUGUUUCGAGGAAAUUCAUUAGGCAGCAAAAUUAUGGCAUUUUGUUUCAAGAUCUAUGGUGCUAGUUACCUACAAAGUUUAUUGGAACCCUUGAUCAGACCGUUACUUGAAGAGGCCAGUCAGAGCUUUGAAGUUGAUCCUGCGAGGUUGGAUCCGAGUGAAGACAUAGAAGAAAACAGAAGGAACUUGGUAGCACUUACGCAGAAGGUGUUCGAUGCCAUUAUAUCAUCUGCAGAUAAAUUCCCCCCACAGUUACGGAGUAUGUGCCACUGUCUGUACCAGGUGCUCAGUAAAAGAUUUCCACAGUUCCCUCAAAAUAAUAUAGGAGCAGUUGGGACUGUCAUCUUUCUCCGAUUUAUCAAUCCAGCAAUAGUGUCGCCACAGGAGAUGGGAAUUGUAAGUAAGCAGGUACCUCCUCCUGUAAAACGAGGCCUGAUGCUCAUGUCCAAGAUCUUGCAAAACAUUGCAAACCAUGUUGAAUUCAGCAAAGAACAACAUAUGCUGCCAUUCAAUGAUUUUCUGCGUGCACAUUUUGAGACUGGUAGAAGGUUCUUUAUCCAGAUAGCUUCUGAUUGUGAAACUGUUGAUCAGGCUUCACACUCAAUGUCAUUUAUCAGUGACGCUAACAUCUUAGCAUUGCAUCGUUUGCUCUGGAAUCACCAAGAGAGAAUUGGUGAUUACUUAUCCAGUAGUCGUGAUCAUAAAGCUGUAGGACGGCGACCUUUCGAUAAGAUGGCAACAUUGUUGGCAUAUUUGGGUCCUCCUGAGCACAAACCUGUAGAUUCUCAUCUGCUGUUUUCAUCCUAUGCCAGGUGGAGUUCCAUAGACAUGUCAAGUACCAACUUCGAAGAAAUCAUGGUAAAACACAACAUGCAUGAGAAGGAGGAAUUUAAGUCAAUCAAAUCCCUAAACAUUUUCUAUCAAGCUGGAACCAGCAAGGCUGGGCAUCCUGUCUUCUACUACAUAGCUCGUCGAUAUAAUUUUUCCUGUGACAGAAUUGGUGAAACCAAUGGAGAUCUGUUGAUUUACCACGUGAUUUUAACUCUCAAGCCAUUCUGCCAUUCACCAUUUGAACUUGUUGUGGACUUUACGCAUGCAUGUUCGGACAAUCGAUUCAGGACAGAGUUCUUACAGAAGUGGUUCUAUGUCUUGCCUGAAGUAGCAUAUGAAAACAUCCAUGCAGCUUACUUAUACAACUGUAACAAUUGGGUUCGGGAAUAUACCAAGUUCCAUGAUCGUUUACUGGCACCAAUUAAGGGAAAUCGUAAACUUGUCUUCAUUGAAGCUCCAGCACGCCUGAAUGAUUUCAUUGAUCUGGAUCAGCAGAAGUUACCUGGAGCAACACUGUCUCUUGAUGAAGAUCUUAAAGUUUUCAAUAAUGCACUUAAAUUAUCUCACAAGGACACUAAAGGAUCCAUUAAGGUUGGUCCAACUGCCAUUCAGAUAACUUCAUCUGAGAAGACUAAAGUGUUGUCUCAUUCAGUUCUUCUGAAUGAUGUUUAUUAUGCAUCAGAGAUUGAGGAAGUUUGCUUGGUAGAUGACAACCAGUUUACAUUAACAAUAGCUAAUGAAGCGGGACCAUUAUCAUUUAUUCACAAUGAUUGUGAUAACAUUGUGCAAGCCAUCAUACACAUCCGGAAUCGAUGGGAACUUUCACAGCCAGACUCGGUGACAGUUCACCAGAAGAUUCGACCCAAGGAUGUCCCAGGAACAUUACUCAAUAUGGCACUAUUGAAUUUGGGAUCUCCAGACCCAAAUCUUAGAACAGCAGCCUACAACCAACUCUGUGCUCUUACUGCAACAUUUGAUUUAAAAAUUGAGGGCCAAUUACUUGAGACAUCAGGUAUAUGUAUUCCAUCAAACAACACACUGUUCAUCAAAUCUGUAAGUGAAAAGCUUGCAACAAAUGAACCCCAUCUCACUCUUGAGUUUUUAGAAGAGUGCAUCCAGGGGUUCAGAGUUUCCAAUAUUGAGCUCAAACACUUGUGCCUUGAAUAUAUGACACCAUGGUUAGCAAACCUAGUCAGGUUCUGUAAACCUUCAGAUGAAAGUAAACGCCAACAGAAAGUGGCACAAAUUUUGGAGAAACUUAUAAUUUUGACCAUUGAAGAGGUGGAGAUGUAUCCAUCUAUACAGGCUAAGAUAUGGGGAUCCAUUGGUCAGGUACCUGAACUUAUUGAUAUGGUAUUGGACAGUUUUAUACAUCGUUCAGUGACAAGUGGGCUUGGCUCACCCAUGGUGGAAAUCAUGGCAGAUACUGCUGUUGCUUUGGCUUCAGCCAAUGUUCAUCUUGUAGCUAAGAAAGUGAUUGGAAGACUGUGUCGGGUAUUUGACAAAACUUGUACCUCUCCUACACCAUUGCUAGAACAACAUAUGAUGUGGGAUGACAUAGCAAUACUUGCACGCUACCUCCUAAUGUUAUCUUUCAACAAUUGCUUAGAUGUGGCACGCCAUCUGCCAUAUUUAUUCCAUGCUGUUACCAUCCUUGUGUGUUCAGGGUCUUUGAGUAUGAGAGCUGCAACUCAUGGCCUGGUUAUAAACAUAAUUCACUCUCUGUGUACCUGCACCAAGCCUUCUUUUAGCGAGGAAACUCAGAGAGUUUUACGACUUAGUUUAGAUGAAUUUUCCCUGCCCAAGUUUUAUCUGCUUUUUGGAAUCAGCAAGGUAAAGUCAGCUGCAGUCACAGCAUUUAGAUCAAGCUACCGACAUCCAAAUGAACGCUGGUAUGGACAAGAACGAAGUUCAUCGGGAACAAACAACUCUGAACGCGAGCAGCUGUCGCUCACAUCUCUAGAAGUCAUCACUGAUGCACUGCUAGAAAUUAUGGAGGCAUGUAUGCGAGACAUUCCUAAUUGUGAGUGGUUACAGACCUGGACAGCUUUGGCAAAGAGUUUUGCAUUUUGCUACAAUCCUGCACUCCAACCACGGGCUCUUAUUGUAUUUGGCUGCAUCAGUAAGAGUGUCACAGAUCAGGAUAUAAAGCAAAUCCUCAGGAUACUUGUUAAAGCAUUGGAGAGCUUCAAUGACAUCAUUCUGUUAGAGGCAUUGGUUGUGUGCCUCACACGAUUGCAGCCUUUGCUGAGACCAGAAUCACCAAUACAUCAUGCUCUGUUUUGGGUUGGGGUCUCAGUUCUCCAGCUUGAUGAAAUAUCACUUUAUGCUUCUGGGUUGGCGCUGUUGGAACAAAAUCUACAUACACUUGAUUCUCAAGGGACCUUUGAGGAAAAGACCCUGGGACAAGUGAUGAUGGCAACUAGAGAACCUUUGGAGUGGCAUUUCAAACAACUUGACCAUUCUGUAGGACUGAGCUUCAAAUCAAAUUUCCAUUUUGCGUUGGUUGGACAUUUAUUGAAAGGUUUCCGCCAUCCAACUCCAACCACUGUUUCCCGUACAACAAGGAUUUUAACAAUGCUGCUUGGCAUCAUAGCUAAACCACACAAACGAGAUAAAUUUGAAGUGACACCAGAGAGUGUGGCAUACUUAGCAGCAUUGGUGUCUGUAUCAGAGGAAGUGAGAAGUCGUUGUCAUGUGAAACAUUCAUUAGCAAGAAUGAUACCAGAGUCAAGUUCUGGUGAGAACUUUGCUGUUGACAAUCACCUUAGUCUUAUGCCACAUCCCCCUGCUGCUAGUGUUUCACCUGCUAUGCAUGCAGUGUCAACAUCAAGUCCUUCCCAACGAAGUGAAAUUAAUAAUGGACAGUGUAAUCACCAGCUGCAGCAGCACGGAAGUGGUGCAGGUACCCCAACCAAUAGGAGACAGAAGUCAUGGGAUCUUUUGGACCAAACGGCGAUAGCACAGGCAAGACAACAAAAGCAGCAUGCUCAGCAGCAAACUCAGCAUCAGUCGAGUGCACGAGUUCUCUUCCGAACGCAGCGUUCAUUCUCCGUUCCAACAACCAAAGAGCCCAAGUCGGGUGAUGAGUCAGAUGUGAAGGAUCGUAGUACCCGAGUGUCAGUGUCUAAUGAAAAUAAUGUUCUCCUGGAUCCUGAUGUGCUGACUGAUUUCUCAACACAAGCAUUAGUACUUACUGUGCUUGCCACAUUGGUAAAAUACUCGACUGAUGAAAGUGAGACACGUAUCCUGUAUCAGUAUCUGGCAGAAGCGUCUGUUGUGUUCCCUAAGGUGUUUCCUGUGAUUCAUAAUCUCCUGGAUGCCAAGAUAAACAGUGUGGUCUCAGGAUGCCAUGACCCUGUAAUCUUGAACGCUGUCCAGGGCAUAAUACAGAACAUGAUUGCUAGUGAAGACACAAGCCAGCAACAGCUUCAUUACUUGCAGAGCUGUGGAUUUGGAGGUCUCUGGAGGUUUGCAGGUCCUUUCACUAAGAGUAACUGCACAGCGGAAAGUGCAGAGCUUUUUGUCAACUGCUUGGAAGCCAUGGUGGAAACGUGCUUACCUGUUGAGGAUGGGGAACUGGAACUCGCCCCAUAUCCUUCUAUGUUGAGUGUUUUGUCAAGCCACAUGAACCUUUGCUCAUCAAUGUCCAGCCUUACUUUAGGAUCUCCUACUGAAAAAGAGCCAGCGCUUGAUGUAGGUAGCUGCUCAGAUGCCUCAGCAUCUUCGUUAGGAAGAUCUCCAUUCACUAAGCAACGAAGUUUCAAAUGUAUGGGUAAGACCAGCAGCAAGUCUUCAGGCAGUGGAGCAAAAGGGACAAAGUGAGAUGAGUUGCAGAUGCUACACCAUACAUGAAAUGAACAGCAGAAAAACUUAGUGAACUACCCUAAACUGAUACAUGGAUGCCUUGGAUGAGGAAAUUUGGCAUCAAGAAACACUGCAUCAAUGGCGACGUAGUAGCAGUGACAGCAAGACUCAGAGGAGGAGGAGUUCAUCAGUAAUGGGCAUACCAACCCAUCACUUCCAAUGCCUGCACUACUGCUGUCUGGAACCACACUAAAUGGAUGUGCCUCCCCUCCUGCGUUACACACACUCACACACUGCUCACUAUGCUGGUGACUUAUACAAGUUACAGUGAAACCUCGAUGCAUCGUUUUCGGCGGGGGUGGGAAAUAAAAACGAUGAAUGCGGGAAAACGAUAGAUGCGGGAAAGCAUUAAAAAUUUUAA